AUUUAAAAAAUUUCCCAUAGGCUAAAGUGAUGACCAAUGAGGAGAAAAAAUUUCAUAAACAUAUUCAGGCCCAACAGAAAAAAGAACUGAAUAGCUUUUUGAAGUCUCAGAAGAGAGAAUAUAAACUUCGAAAGAAACAGCUUAAGGAGAGCUGCAUGUAAACCAGAGCACCCCAAAUAAAGGAAAACAGGAAUGGCUUUCAAAGCAGAAAGAUAAUAUACAGCAUUUCCAGGCAGAGGAAACAACUAAUCUUCUUCAACGUCAGGGACAGUACAUAGAGCUGCAGUGCCAUCGCUUCAAAAGAGAAAUGUUACUUGGGCAUCAUAACUUGGAGCAGGACCUUGUCAGGGAGCCUCGUUUGGAUGAAGCACAGAAGGCAGAGUGCCAGGCUUUGAAAAUGCAGCUGCAGCAGGAAGUGGAACUAUUGAAUACAUAUCAGAGGAAAAUUAAGAUGCAGGCUGAAGCACAACAUGAUCGAGAGCUUCGGGAGCUUGAACAGAGGGUCUCCCUCCCAGGGACUCUUAGAACAAAAGGAGACAGGACACCCCAACUGGGCCCUGUCUUCCCCCCCGACACCAGCAGCAGCUUCCAUAAAUCCCAGCCUCAGGACUUCAUGGCCGUGGCAGACCCUCAGGCUCCCCUCCAACAGCCAUAA